AUGGGAAGAAAAGCAAAUAACUCGUCUACUUUAGAAGAAAAAACCUUAAACAGCAGUACUAUUUUAGGUAAUAACAUAAAAGAAAACUAUAUAAAUGAAAAGAAGCAACCAGGAUCAAAAUUAAACGAAAAGAAAACUAACAAAUCCGCAGAGUUAACACACAAUGUACAACUCAAUGGAAACAUUCAGAAAAAAAAAGAAAACAAUUUAGAGAAUAAGAAAAUAAAUAAUGUAGAAGAAAAUUGUGUAAUUAAAACUAAAGAAAAUAAAUCAGAAGGAAAUAGUGGACUACAGAAAAAGAAAAAAACAAAUAAAAAAACAAAGAAGGAUGAUAAUAAUAAAUCUAAUGAAGAUUUAAUAGAAGAAGCAAAAAAGGAAGCAAAAGAAACUAGUGAAAAGGCAAAGGAUGGUAACAUAAUUGGAGAAAAUAUUAAAAAAGAGGAUGAUAAUAAUAGUAAGGAAAAAAGUAAAGACGGAAAGGAGAAAAAAGAAGAGGAAAAAAAGGAUUCAAAAAAAGAUAUAAAAUUGAAAGAAGAUGAAAGAAAAAAAAUGGAAAAUGAAUUAAAUAAGAAAUUUUUAAAAAUAACAAAAAUAGAUAAUUUUAAAAAUAUUAAUGACAAAAUGGAAGCAGAAAUGAAGAGAAAAACAGAAAUUGAAUUAUUAAUUAGUUCAAUCAACACAUCAGUAUCAAAAUCAAAUGCACAAACACCUAGGCCAAUUAACAUGAAAUUAUCUUCAGUAGAUAUUGAAAAUAAAAUUAAGGAAGCUAAAUUAAAAAAAAAGAAGAUUAACCCAAAAAAUUUAGAAGAAGUUGAAGAAGUAAAUACAUAUAUUAAUUAUCUAGAAGAACAAUUAAACAUCACAAAAAAUUACGAAAAUUUUAAAAAUUUUCAAAAUCGUUUAGUUACUUUAAAGAAAUCUUGUGAGGAAAAAUUAAAAGAAAAUUUAAAAAUUAUAAACGAAAUAAAAAUACAAGAAAAGAAAUUAAAAUCAGUAGAAAAAAUAAUUAAAUUGAAAAAAGAAAAACAAAAUAUUCAAGUAAAGGAAUCAGAUGUAAUCAACAAAGAAUAUUCACUCCCUACUGAUAAAUAUACUACAUUAAUUAAACCUUAUAAUUUUAUGAAUAGAAUCCAAAGCAAACACUUUGUUUAUGUAGAUAAAAUUAAUAAUAAUAAUUUUGAUAAAGUAUGUUUAUACAUAACAGGUUGUAAGGAUGAUGUGGAAAAUUUUAUUACUUAUUUAAAAAACAUUGAUUUUACUGAAAAAAAUUAUGUGCAUCUAAGUAAUAAAGUAUUUAAAAUUAUGCUGAAUAUUUGUGAAGGAAGUUUUAAAAAGAUGGAGGAUGAUACAAACGUUUUUGUCCAUGUAGAUAAUGAUACUCUUUAUUACUGUGGAAUGAAAGGAGAUGUAGAAAAUUUAAAAGAAUUAAUAGAAAGAGCAAUAAAUGAAAAAAAUUCUAACACAAAAAAUGUUACAAAGAACAUCAAAUUAGAUUCUGUUUUAGCUAGAGGAUUUAAUAAAGGUCUUUUGAAGGAUAUAGAGAAUAAAACUAACACAUUAAUUAGAAUGAACUAUGAUUCUAAAACUUUCGAGGCAUCAGCUACUAUUAAAGGAAGUAAGAGUAGUGAUAUAGAAGAAGCAGAAGGAAAAUUAAAUGAUAUUUUUAAGAAUUUGGAUUCAGAAUUCGUAAAAUUUGAAGAAAGAGAAUUAUUUUCUUUAUAUAAGAAAUGUUCUUAUGAAUUAAACGAAAUAAGAAAAAAUUUAAAUUUAUUUAUUAUUAGACAUGACAAUGGUAUUAGUUUGGUAGGAAAAAAAGAAAACAUAAAUAAAGCUUUAGAAAUAUUAGAUUAUGCAAAAAGUAUUAUAUCCAAUAAAACAGUUAAAAAGAAACUAACAGAAGAAGAAGCCUUUUUAUUUAAUGCUAAUUAUAGAAGUUAUAUAAAAUCAAAAACAGGUGCAGAAGUGAAAAUAUUUAACAAGAGUAAUUAUAAGGAAUUAAAUAUAAGUGGAAACAAAAAUGAUAUAGAUAAGGCUUUGCAAAUGAUUGAGGAUUUAUUAAAAAAGAGAAAAUGUACAGAAGUAGAAAUUAAUGAAAAAGUUAUUGCAUUAUUAUUAUCAUCUAAAGCACAAAAAAUUAAAGAAAUAGAAAAAGACACUUCUACAAGUAUUCAGAUUAAUAAAACUAAUCACAUAGCUCAAAUAUAUGGGCAUGAAGAUAAAAUUCAUUUAGCAAAAGAUAUCUUAGAAAAUUUAGUAUUAUCAGAAAGUAAAGAAAGUAAAUUUAUACCAAAUAAUUUAUAUGUGACAGUAGAAAUGUCCGUAGAAACAGAACAUAUUGGUAGUAUUAUAGGAAAGAAAGGAAGAACAAUUAAUAAAAUUCAGGAGGAAACAUUUGCUAAGAAAAUACAUAUAGAUAAAGAAAAUAAAAAAAUUUAUAUACAUGGAACACAAAAAACAGUAGAUGCUGCUCAAAAAGAAAUUUUAAAAAUAUUAAAUAGGAGCAAAGAUGACAAUUCUUAUUAUGACAGAUACAAGCAUUCUAGCAAUUCUGUUUCAGCUCAUAGAAAAUCUCACAAAAGUACAAGAUCAGGUAGAUCUAAUUAUCGUUCAGAGUCAUCAAAAAAUGGUGUUUACAUAAAUACAAACGAUGAGAAAGCUUUCCCAAGUCUUCAUGAUGUAACUAAUAUUCAAACGAAAAAAAACAAAAAAUCUGCAAAUCAAGCAAACAUAAAAAGACAGGAUGAGCAACCAGAAGUAAAUGAAAAUGAAUAA